CAUUGCUUUCCCCCUCCAAUUUUAUUUUUCUCAUAUCUCAUAUUAAAAUGGCCAAGCAACGUGUCAAGAAGCGCACUCACCAGAAGCCACAAAAUGCUUCCGUUGUGAAGGGCAGCGCUGCCUCAAUGUCCAAGACCCCGAAGUCUAUGGUCAUUCGAGUAGGCGCUUCUCAAGUCGGUAGCAGUGUGACCCAGUUGGUUAAGGAUGUCCGUCGCAUGAUGGAGCCUGAUACUGCUGUGCGAUUGAAGGAACGCAAAUCCAACAGGCUGCGAGAUUAUACCGUUAUGACCGGUCCCCUAGGUGUCACUCAUCUUAUGUUGUUUUCUAAGUCCGCAACUGGCAACACAAAUAUGCGACUCGCAGUUACCCCCCGUGGACCCACCCUUCACUUCAAAGUCGAGAACUAUUCGUUGUGCAAGGAUGUCGAGAGAUCCAUGAAGCGCCCAAAAAGUGGCGGACAGGAUCACAAGACACCGCCCCUCUUGGUCAUGAACAACUUCACCACACCAGGCGCAACCGAGGAUUCCAAAGUGCCUAAGCGUCUCGAGACCCUCACAACUACGAUCUUCCAAUCCCUUUUCCCUCCCAUCAACCCCCAAAGCCAGCCUCUAUCUUCCAUCCGCCGUGUCAUGCUUCUCAACCGGGAGCCUGCCGAAAAGGACAGCGACUCAUAUAUCUUGACUCUCCGUCACUAUGCCAUUGCCACCAAGAAAACUGGUGUAUCGAAACGAAUCCGUCGCCUGGAUCCCAAAGAGAUUCGGAACCGGGACAAGAAGAAGACUGCCGUUCCCAACCUUGGAAAGCUAGAAGAUGCCGCCGAUUAUCUGCUCGACCCCUCUGCUGCAGGCUACACAUCAGCUAGUGAGACCGAGCUAGACACCGAUGCCGAAGUGGAAGUUGCAGAGAGCACAACCCGCCGAGUCCUGAACAAGCGGGAAAUGCAGCGCCAAAAGGCCGCAGAAAAGGGCCAGGAUAAGCCAACCCAUACCCCUGGUGUUGAGAAGCGGGCCGUGAAGCUCGUAGAGCUUGGUCCUCGCUUGCGGCUUCGCUUGAUGAAGGUUGAGGAUGGAGUCUGCGAUGGCAAGAUCAUGUGGCACGACUUCAUUAAGAAAUCUGAGAAGGAGAUGCGGAAAAUGGACCAGAGCUGGGACGUUCGGAGGAAAGAGAAGGAGCAGAGAAAGAAGCUGCAGAAGGAGAACAUUGAGCGGAAGAAGCAAGAGAAGGCCAAGGCUAGAGGUAACAAAGAAGUGGCCGAGGAGGAUGAGGAUGAGGAUGUUGAUAUGGAUGAUGAAGAUUGGCUCAGCGAUGAUGACUUUGACAAGGACGCUGAGGGUGAGGGUGAAGCGGCAGAUGACGAUUCUGACGCCGAUUCGGACGAGUCUAUGGAGGAGUAA